UCAUUAGUAUUAUUAAAUCGGUCGAGGUACGUCCAGCACGGCGCGCAGUUUCCGGUAGAUACGAAGAAAAUCGGUCAAAUAUUUCGAUAUAUAGAGUGGCAAUAAAAUGGCAGAGCAAAAGAAGGCACCGCUAUUAAAGAAGGAGGAGGAAUACGUCAAGGCCCUUGAGGGUUUCAUCGCACCCGAAAAGGAUCAGGUUGUCUUGCUCCUGGAUUACGAUGGUACCCUCGCCCCACUCACCGAGGAGCUGUCCGUGAUGCCCAAGGAUACGGAGAUCAACAUCAAGAAACUGGCUGCCAAUGAGAAGAUCUUCAUGGUUGUGUUUUCUGGCCGCGAGCUGAGCGAGAUCAAGAACCAUCUGAAGUUCCCCAAUGUUACCUAUGCCGGUAAUCAUGGACUGGAGGUGGAGUAUCCCUCCGGCAAAAAGUUCAAGAUUGAAAUGCCCGAAGAGCUGCUCGAGAAGCACAACAAACUGGUGGCUGAGCUGAAGGAAAAGGUUGUGUGCUCUGGUGCCUGGGUGGAGGAUAAGAAGAUCUCCGUCACCUAUCACUACAAGGGCGUCACCGAUAAGCUAAAGGCCAAGCUCAUUGCCGAGGCCAAGGGUCUGAUCCAGUCCCAUGGCUUCCAACUGAUUGAGACCCCCUAUGCUCUGGAGGGCAAGCCACGCGUCAACUGGGACAAAGGAGAGGGCGCCAAGAUGAUCCUGGAGAAGCAAUUCGAUGCCGAUUGGGCCAAGAACCUGAAGAUCAUAUAUGUGGGCGACGACACCACCGAUGAGGAUGCCAUCAAGGUGCUGCAUGGCAUUGGCAAGACCUUCCGCGUUUCGGAGCUGCCGACCCUGAAGACCUAUGCCAACUAUCAGAUCAAGACCGUCGAAGAGGUCGGUUGGUUGCUGAAAGCCAUCCAGGCCAACUACGAGAAGAAGAAGAAGAUCUAAGCGAUGGAUAUCCCC